GUUUCAUUCAUAACUACAGUCUGUAUUUGAAGCCCAAAUUAAAGUAUGCAGAGGGAGCAGGCUGCAUGUGGAUCACCGCUUCACACGGAGUCUACAGUUGGGCUGAGCGCACACGACGCAGAGAUGUGGGACAGUCCUGAUCGGAGGGUUUUCGGAGGAGAGAGGAAGAUGUUGCUGCUGCUGAUGCUGAGGCUGCUGCUGCUGAGCGGCUGCAGCGGCUCGCUGUAGUCUGAAGAGCGAAGGGACGCUGCUGCAACACCGCCUGUAUACACCGGUUCAAUCACGCUGACCUGGACCAUGAGCAAUGAUUUGCCUUUUCUGACAAGUCUGACGGAGAACUCCACUGAUGUGCCUGUGUCUGCGGGCCAGGUGGAGAACUAUGUGCUGCUGCUGGUGCUGCUGAGUGUUUUUGCGGGGGGGACGCUGGUGCUGCUCUCCCUGCUGCUCCUCUUUUGCCACUGCUGCUGCAUGGGCGGCCGUCGCUACUCCAGAGCGAGCGAUGACCCUGAGAAGACAAACACGACUUAUGCUGAGGAUUCUCAGCCCACCCAAGAGAUCACCAUUCAUCUGGAUGAAUCAGACGCUCUCUCAGCUGUCAGCUGUCAUGAUGGGGAGUCGGAGCGAUUUGUCUCUACUGGGUCCACUGGCCGCAGAGUCUCCUUUAAUGAAUCUGCACUUUACGAACAGGAGAAGACGACUCAGGACAAAGGACGCAGAUACACUCUGACGGAGGGAGACUUUCACCACCUGAAGAAGGCCCGGCUGACUCACCUCCACCUGCCUCCGUCCCCGUGUGACCUGAAGAUCCUCACCAUCAUGGAGUGUGACUCCAUGGAGAGCAGCACGGUCAACAUCAAUGAGACCGCAGCCCCCAAACUGCCCCAUACCAUCUACCAGCCCAAUGAGAGGAGAGUCCCGGACUGGGUGGGACAGAGCCUCAGUGGAGGUCUGCCAGGAGACCCGCACCACUCCACCAUCCUGGACAAGAACCUCAGACAGAUGGAGGCUAUCAAGGACAGGUCAGAGGCUGACAGAGAAAGGGGGAUGAGAGGAGAGUUGACUCAAGCUACAGGCCAGACUUCAGUUCUGCAUUUCUUCUCUAAACUGCGACGCCAUGCCAGUCUGGAGGGUGCAGGGCCCUACUUCAGGAAGUGGAAGUUUGACAGCAGUCAUCGGGCUGCCAGCCUGGAUGCCAAAGGAUCGCCUAAAAGAAGGCCCUUCCAGCGACAGAGAGCGGCAAGUGAAACCACCGAUCACACAGAAGACGACUCUUCAUCUCUCAGAGACGAGGUCAUGGACUCUUUCCCACAGUCGCCGAUCCAGACCAGUGGUCUCCAGUCCCUCUCCGCAGAGUCCCUGUCUCACUCCGACACCGCUCCAACGUCCUCGGUCUUCCUCAGCAGGGUAAAACUAGAGGACAUGGUAGAGGUAGGUGGCAGCAGCGGCAGAAGAGAGGAGCUCUGUUCCCAAACAAACGAGAGUUGCGCCAACAGGCAAGACGAGGCCACAGUAAAUGGGACAGAAGAAGAAGAAGAAAAAGAAGAAGAAGAAGAAAAAGAAGAAACAAAGUUUGGUGCAGUUAUAGGUACAGAAGCAGCGGGAGUCCAACAAGAAUCGGUAGACGACUUGUUUGGUGCAGGAAGUGCUGUACAGGAAAAAUCUGCAGACAUUUUCAGAGCAACUAAAGAAGCAGGAACAUUAGAUGUGAGGAAGAAGACCGAGGCAGAGGUAGAUGACGGAGAUGAGAUGGUGUUGGGAGCUGAGGCCAGACAAAGGACCGACUCAGGCUCAUCCAUUUCCUUCAUGAUUCGCCAGGAGAGCUCGGAGGCGCCUCCCUCCCUGUACAGAGACAUUUGGAGCCUGCGAGCCUCUCUGGAACAAUACGCCUCCUCCGACCAGAGCAGUACAGACCGGGAGUCCAUCCGCAGUGAUGCCGACAGCGUCUCUUCCUUUGGUGGUGCAGGAGCACGCUAUGGCCUGGACAGCUGCUUGUCACAAGACCUGGACGAUGAGCCUGAGGGAGAAGGGGACGGAGGGAUGAUGGAGGGAGGGAUCAGAGGAGCGUCAGGUGGGGACAGUGAGGUGGGGAGUGGAGCUGGAGGAGAGGGGGAGGCAGGGAACCGUAAGCUUCUCCAGAUGGACAGUGGUUACGCCUCCAUCGAAGCACCCUCCAGAGCCCCUGAGGAAAUGCGCCUUUUUGGGACUCCUGGAGCUCCUAGAGGGAAGACGGCAUCUGAGAGAAGGUUGUUUUUCACCAACUCUGGGAGGAAAGGCUCAGUGUGCGAGAGCAUCGAGGCCAAGCUGUUUCAGGAGGAGCUGGAGGAUGAUGUGGCUGACAGAACGGUGACAGAGGGAAAAUUAAAGGUGAGAUCUCAAACUGGAAAGCAGUCUGUCACCCUUCAAGAACCAUCUCAGCUUCUGAAAUCACUUCACCCUCAGAAACCUUCAGAAUCACAGCCCCAGCUGAUGUCUCCACUGAUCAAGACGACCCCACAGUCCUCUAGUCCUCACAAACCUCGAUUACGCCGUCGCGACUACAGCAUUGACGAGAAGACGGAUGCCCUUUUCAACGAGUUCCUCCGCCAUGAUCCGCGUUUUGACCAGCAGGAUUCUCCGCUGCGCUCCAGGCACCGAUCCAGAGUUCACCUCCGCAAACAGUGGCAGAGACAUAAGCAAUACAGCGACCCAGGGUCAGGCACGGGGGGUAGGUAUUCCCCAUCUCUGGAGAGGCAGAGGUUCACUCCGCUGAAGAGAGGUGACAGUGCCAGUUAUCCUCUAGACACAAGGUAUCACAGCACACUCUCACGCAUUGCAAGCGCCGCUGAUGAAGAAGCCAGCGAGGUUGCAGCCUGUGAGGAAGCAGUGAAAGAGAGCACAGAGAACAAAGAUCUGUCUGGUGAAGGAGCUGCAGGGGACGAUGCAGAAAGUACAGCCGAUACAAACUUAGAAGGCACUGACAUGACUGAAUCGACUACUGAGGGCAACCAGGCCUCUACAAAAAAAAACACAGAAAGCACAACUAGCCAGUCUUCGAGCACUGUGACGACACAGACAAGCCCCAUGGAUCCCAGAGUCGUCAACAGAAACAACAACAGCAGUCAAGCUAUUCUAUCAGAGAGCAGCCUGGCAGACAAGCUGGCCGUGUCGGUGGAGGAGAGGCUGUACGGCGGCCUGCGCACUGCCGAGAAGCUUGGCCAGGGAGCAACAGAGCGAGUGCUCACCGUCUCUCACACAGCCUCCCCUGGCUUUAGCCCCAUAUAACCGGUAAACAAUCCUAUCUACUUUUUAACUUUAUUUCAGAUCUAUCAUCUAUAGACGACAGACUUCGACAAAAUUGUCUAAAGCACUUUGAACAUCGUCAUGUGUUAGGUACUUUCUCGAGCUAUGGUCUAUUUAGGAAAAUCUUCAAGAACACAGCGAUAUCAGGGGGGAGAAAUGUACUUCUCUCUUGACGGCAAGUCUCUUCCCGCAUUUCCAUUCAGACCUUAAUUUCCACUGUGACGCCAUGUGACAUGUGAUGCAUCCUUUUUCUUUAUUGGUAUCCAUUCCUAAAAUCAAAUGCAUUCAUUACAUAGCUUGGAAAUAUAGACCCAUCUUUAGAAAAUGUAGAAUUUUUACUGUGAAUUUUUAGCAUGCUACUCUAUGUCCAAACAAUGUGUAUGUGAAUACUGUACAGUUUUAUCUUCAGAACAAAAAGCACUUUGAUGGGAAGAAAGAUCACGAUGGAGUUACUGUCACCUAUUUCUCUCAUUUUAAAACCAUAUCCUCAAGUGUCCUUCAUGUCUGUAGCCGUAUUUGGCGAUAAGAAGAAUAUUGACCAUGUUAACAGCAUAUCAGCAGAUCUGGAGAAUACACCUUCAAUAUCUUAAUUAAAAACGGAUGGGAAACCCACAAUAUAAUGCCAACACACGAAAAUAUGUGCAUCCAGAGUUUUUGUACCCAUAUUUAAUCUAUUUUUAUAGGAUUUUUGUUAGUCAUUUUCCCGAGAUUUAUCAUGAUUAAGGAGGCGGUAUCCAGGAGCUUCCGUGGGCUCGAGCAAAGUGUUGCUUCACUGUUGACACUCGGCUGAGGGGAGACUGACAGAUGAUACUCAAAGUGACACAGGAGCCCCUCAGGCCUGUGGACAGAUGGUCCAGUGACAGAGAGGUUGUGAAAGAAGAGGCAGAAACUAAAUAGCAGUGUCAUGGGACAUAUUUACUCCAUGUUACUAAAUAAAACAUAAGUCUGGUGAUAUCCUAUGUUGGUCUUAUUGUCAACAAAUGCCUCAAAAAGACAUAACAAUUAUUUCAUCACACUAUCCGGUAAUGCAGACUGAUAGCGCUUAUUCCUGUUCAAAUAAUAAAUGUUGGGCCACAUCCCUGGAGUGGGUGACCUUUUUCCUUGCUUGAACACCGCCACAUUAACUUUUUUUUUCUUAUGAAUCUCAUAUGCAGCAUAAAUAUCAACUAAAGCACAAAUUCUUGCUCCAAAAAUGCACUUUAAAGCUACCUUUAAGUGAUGUUAUCUAACAACCAAAGGGUUAAAGACAACUAAACACUUCAUCCAUUUCUAAAGAAUUGUCCUUAACAGUGAAACAAUGGGCUGAGAGCCACAGACUAGUGAAGACAGAAACUACAGACACAAAUUAAAACCCUGCUGGUUUUGUUUAUCUGUUGACAUUAAGGAAAAGAUAGGACACUGGCAACUCUAGCCUUUAGGUAAUACUCUGCAGAUAUUAUGUCUUGACAGGUUAAAAUCACAGGUUGAACUGCUUUCUCUCCGCUCUCUCUCUGCUAGUAUGGAUGUAAAAUGUAAUGAUUCGUUAUGCAUUCAUGUCAAAUUGCAUCUCUUCAACAUGAGAACAUUGCUGCAUGUCAUGUGUGAGGUUACCUGGGAAACUGCGAGGGUAGCUACAGCUCGUCCCUUUGUCCUCUUUCACACAGACCUGGGAUUGAGCUACAGUAUGUCAUGAAACUCAUGUCUCUGUCCUCAUUCAUGCUGAACCAUGUGCUUAAUUGUAAAACAAGUAGUGCAGAAAAUUCAAAUGUAUUGCAGCCUUGACAAAGACCAGACCUUGUGGGACCAACUGAGGCACAUAAUCAUUUUGGACUGAACAUUUUUCUGAAUAAAAAG